AUGAACUGGUUGUCUGAACUACCAGUUCAUGGAAGGCAACAUACAGUUGAAUAUGUUCCAUCUGCUCCAACAGAAUUUCAAGCAACUUCGCUUUCUACAUCCACUAUCACAGUGACAUGGCAAGCACCUCUAUCAAAAGGAAGCACUAUUAAAGGUUAUUAUCUACACUUCAAAAGAGAAUUUGGUGAGUGGGAGAAGAUAAAAAUUCCAGCUCAUGAUAUGAGUUUCACUCUAAACAACCUUCAGUGUGGUACAAGACACCAGUUCUAUCUUCAAGCAUUUAAUCAAUUGGGACAAAGUUCUCCAACUUCCACAAUAUCACAGCGAACACAGGGUUCUGCUCCAGUUGCACCAAGUAUCUUUGACCUCAUACAUGUCAACUCAACUUCAAUUUCCUUAAAUGUUACAUCAUGGGGAGAUGGUGGCUGUCCCAUAACUUCAUUUGUCGUAGAAUAUAAGUUAAAACAUGGAGUGGACUGGACAUUAGUCUCAAAUAAUGUAAAAUUUGAUCAAACAGAAUUUUUGGUGCUUGAUCUUAAUCCUGAGACUUGGUACACACUACGGAUGACAGCACAUAAUAGUGCAGGGUCUACAAUUCACAAAUAUGACUUUGUAACCCUUACUCAUUCUGGAGCUAUUGUAGCUCCAGAGCUAAUCAUUCACUCUGGUUAUGGUCAAAACAGUAUCUUUAGUGAUCUUGGAAUAAUAAUACCAACAGGAGCUGCUUUAGUCAUCAUAGUUGUGUCUGGUGCAGGAUUUUUCUUGUAUAUGAAGAGAAAACAAGAAUUAUACAAUGCAAAUAAGUAUGGAGAAAAGCCAUCACAGAUAGGACUUGUGCCUGAUGUACAGAAGACUGGAAGAUGUGAGUCUGACACAACAGCAGGAGGUAGUAUUGGAUGUGGUGCAAUGGUCAGUUCAAGCCCAAAUGAAUCAUUGUGCUUGCCCACUCCAGUGCACAUAUCAUUGGGGCGCAGACAAGAUAUUAGCCCUUAUGCAACUUUCCAGGUACCUAAUUCCACAGGUGGUGAAGGAGCAAUGGAAAGUACACCACAAACUAUUGAUCACUGCUCACACAGUCAGUACAUAAAGGGAGCCAAUACUGAUACAUAUAAGUAUGGUAGCAGUGCAGACUCUGUUUAUACAAAGAUUUGUAAGAAGUCACAGUAUGGUGAUGAUGAUGAUGCUGUGGACUGGAUUCCUCUCCACAGUUUGUAUAAAUCUCACAGGUACUGACAGUAAAUUGACUUGUGCUGGUAUGGCAUCUGUCUUCCAAACCGUUUCCUCUGUUGUGCAUUUCUUGGAUAAAAGAAAAUGGAAAUAUAAGAUUGUGGAUUUAAUAACAUAGUCUAAGAUUUUUCAAGUGCCUUAUUUUAAGAAUUUGUGAGAACUGUUUUGGAGGUGAUACUCACAGUCAAGGAUAACUUCGCAACACCUUAAGUGCCCAGUGUAUAUGAAAUCAUACAAGUGAGCUCGAGAGGCAUCAUUACCUACAACAUAUAGCAGUACAAUGACAAGUGGUGCCUCAGAUAAUGUUGUGAGAAAUGAAUAUAUACAACUGCUGGAAAACAAUUGUGUAUUAUUUUAAGAUUCCCUGAUUAAACUGUUAAUUCCUUAAUGUUCCCAUUCAUUUGUCUAACAUCCAUCAGAUAGCAAAUAUUUGUGGUCUAAUAAUAUUUACAUUCACAUAGUUAGCAAUGUUGUUGAUUCCAUUUUCCUGCAGAGUAGUUUGACAAAGGUGACAAGUGUGGUUGUCAAAAUAUGGUGCAGAAAAAUGGAACUGUCAGCCUGACAAUUAAAAUGGAAAAAAUCGCAGGAAUAAGUUGUGACACUGUCGAAAAAUUUCAUUUAUAACACAAGUAACUAGUUGUUUGCUGUUUUAUGCCUUAUAAAAUGCAGUC